ACGCAGCCGAGUGCCAAGCGGCCUUCCUGUCCCUGCCCUUUUCCAGAGCCCUGUGACCAAGCAGGAGAGGGCCAUGCUGCUCCCCAAAGGUCUCCCGUACCUCCUCUGCCUGGGCUUUGUGAUCGGAUUCCGACCCAACCGUGAAUCGGGCAGCCUCCCCCCCGGCGACUUCACGGAUGCCGACAUCACAGAAAUGGGGGUGCUGCGGGCUGUUGCUUCGUACAUGGAGAAGAACCCCCUCCCUGGAAAACCUCCCAUGAGCCCAGGAGAGCUGGAAAACAUGGAGCCGCUGACGGCUACCAGGCUUUUCAAGGCUUAUUUCCAAGCGGAUGUCUCCCCCAGUCGAUUUGUCAAAGCCAUUCAGGAAAUUAUUUCGGGGAAUAAUCUAGUAGAGGCAGACCACAGCAAAGACAGCAGCUUCUUUUUCUACUGUGAAGAGUUCACCAAAAGUAUUAACCAACUCCGAAACCUGAGGGACUCUGUGCUGUCUGGCCUGAAAGGUACUGUCAGCUCAUCCACCUUGGAGUCGGCGCGCUUAAACACUGGGAAAGUCCUCCAUAUUCUCCAGAAAUUCUACAGCAACACCAACUGGGUUGAAAUGGGAAACAGCAAACCCUACGAACAUCUGUUAAACCCAUCCAGUCGUGCUUUUCCUCUGGCCCCGGCUACUAAGGACACCUGUAAAGACUGCCGAGAAUUAAGCACUAAACGGUACUCCUGCGAUGACAACUUACUUACGCUGGACAUGCUCACGAGUGGCUACAUGUUGACAGGGGCAUCGUGUCCGAAGAAACCGAAAGGCAAAUGCGGACACGGUGGGAAACGUGAUCCUACUCAAAAUUUCCCUCCCAAGGGUGGCAUCAACAAAGAGACGUCUGAUCCUGAGCAAUCCCCACAUUACUACUUACACCAGCGAGCAGCUGAAUUAGCCAUACAAGCCACAAGGGACUUCUUUGUCGGAGCAGGAUUUGGCUUCCUGGAUGAGGUGGGCAAAGAGAUAUUCCAGAAGUUUUUCAACUUGCAAGGCUACUCCGUCACCUUUGCAAUAGACACCACAGGCAGCAUGUCGGAUGAUAUCCAACAGGUGAAAACGACAUGCAUUGAUCUCCUCCGUAAAUAUUCUGGCUCCCCUGAUGCACCAUAUAACUACAUUCUAGUGCCCUUCAAUGAUCCAGAUGUCGGCCCAGUCCUAAAGACCAGCAGUGUGGAUGAACUUGAGUCCUAUAUCUCUGACCUCACGGCUACUGGGGGUGGUGACUGCCCAGAGAUGUCAUUAACUGGACUGAAGUUAGCACUGCAAGAAAGCUUGCCAAGGUCAAAGAUCUUCACCUUUACUGACGCUGGGGCUAAAGAUGCUGAGCUGAUGGACGAGAUAAAAGUUCUGGUAGACUCUUCUGGAUCCGAGGUGAACUGUGCCCUCACAGGGUAUUGUGCCAGCCGCAAACGCAGAAGUGUCCCCGAGCCGGCAGCUUCAACGAGAAGUUUUGCCAAUCUUUAUGAAGAGCUAGCUUCUUAUUCCGGAGGCUACUACGCGCUGACCACCAAAAGCCAACUUUCCCAGAUCCUGGGCAUCAUGGAGCUUUCGUUGAAUGCCGCCCCUGUGAAGGUGGCCCAUAGCCGGCUGGACGGCACACGAUUCUCCUUCCCAGUAGACGAGACCCUCACUGAAAUCAGUGUCUCAGUCAAGAGCUUAAGCUCCGCUGGAUUCACCAUGAAUGUAGAGGAGCCUUCAGGUGUUUCAUCAACAGCUACAAGCGUGGUGAUCAACACAGCCAGCCAUAAGGUUGUAAAGGUGUCUCCGAUCAACGUGCAGGGUUCCUGGGCUGUGGUGGUCACUCCCAGUGGUUCCUAUGAGGUGGAGAUUGGAGGCAAAAGCUUGCUUGACUUUUCUUACCAGAUCAUGCAACCGCAGAACGAGUACGUGCUCCCGAUCGAAGGAAGACCUGUCAAAGGUUCAGAAUACACUGUCUCUAUUAAAUUGAUGGGGGAGGCCUCAGAUAUGGAGGUCCAGCGCCUGGUCGCUCUUUCUGAGGUGGGGAUCCCCCUAGACACCAUCUCGGUGAACCAAAGCUCUGAUGCUCUUGGCAACCCUUUGGCCGUCGCUUCGAUGUCCUUGCAUGCUCCGGCAACCCUGCUGAUGGUGGAAGGCCUGUCUCCAGGUCGCUUUCCCUUUUCACGAGUCAACACAGACCCAAUCAACGCAGAAUCUGUCCAGAUUGUGUCUUUGCCAGACCAAAACAAUACAAUGUCACCUGGCAAGAGUCUGGAGGUCUCUGUCGCUGUGGUGAAUGAUGGGGCAACUGGUUCAUUCUCUUUCAAUGUCUGGGAUGACAUGGGUUUUAUGAAAAGCUUCUCGCCAACUACAGCUGUCCUCAAUCCAGGGCAGAACAUCACCCUCACUGCAAAUUUUGUGGCGGCUGUAGAGAGCAACACUUUUGCCGCCAGCAUCGCAACAUUCACAGCUAAGAGCUCCGUGGCCCAAAACUACCUGAAGAUGCCUAUCAUUGUCAUCCCUGAGGAGGCCCUGGAAACAGACGAGACCCCACCCAUCUACAAGCUUCUCGAUUUUUACAUGCCUUGUGUAGGCAAACUCCAGAACCAGCCCAUCUGUUCUCAACACAGUUGGUUCAUGAGGUUCUUUGCUAUGGAUGGCCAGAGUACUAUCACCCUGCGAGCCAAUCCCAACUCUUCUGGUCUGUCAUGCACCCCGCAAGGAACUGAAAGCGACAAUAAUGUCAUAUGCCAGUACAGAUCAGAUUGCUGUUCUCCUUAUGUGGAGAUUGUGAUCAGUGAUGAAAACGGAAACGCCGCCACUAUCGCUAUAGACUACAGGCGAUCCCGGCCUCCGGCUACUGCCUAGGAAAGCCCUUUUAAAUGGAGGCACAAGAAAAUGAAUCAAGGACUUCCCGAAUCCAAAACCUGCUUUUCUCUGUAACGGAUUAUGUGACAGCUGUGAUGCACAGCUCCUUGCUUCGCUCGAAGGAGAGCUGGGCCUCAUGGGAUAGACAAGAAAACAGUAUUUAAGGGUUGCUUCUGCAGUCACCGUUACGUUUGUUGAGGAGGAUAAUAACUUCAAAUGUUCAGGGAUCCCUGGAAAGAAAACAGAGUUGUUACGUGGGGAACUGGGGGAGGCCGUCAAAUGUCCACCUUCUCCACCACCCCCACCAAGGCCACAAAGCUGGUGUGGGACAGAAUAUGGCCUCUGAGGCCAUAUUCUGAGCAGUUUUUUCAGCCCUUGCCCACAAAACAA